CUCUCUCUCUCUCUCUCUCUCUCUCUCUCCCCCAUAUAGUGCUAUCAAAGUACAAUGUGUGUAUAACGGUUUAUGGUCACAGAGCGCAGCACACAAACACACACAGUGGAACAGUAACAGUGAAGGAACUUCCCGUUAGAAGAUGCAGAGUUUUGGGACAUGGACAGUAGCAGUAGCACUGGUGAUCAGUCUGAUGGGAGUACACACUAAACACCUGGUAGCUGAGAACACCCAUCUCCUGACCUCUGAAGAGCACAAGAUGGUCCUCAACCAGGGAAUGAAAGAGUACCCCAGGGAUUGCUAUGAGAUGUUGAUGGGUUCAGGGGGUCAGGCCAGAGAUGGAGUGUACUUGAUUCAGCCAGCUGACUACCCCAUCCUGGCCUACUGUGCCAUGCAAGAUGGUGGUUGGACCGUAGUGCAGCACAUCACGGUUAACAGCAGCGUGGACUUCGACCGCACCUGGGUCGAAUACAAGCAGGGUUUCGGGAUGCUGAAUGGUGACCACUGGCUGGGGAACGAACACCUCCACCAUCUCACCCGAGGGCCAGGACGCUACAAGCUGGGGGUCAAGCUGGUUGACAAAGAUGCCGUCGCCAAGAUUGGCGAGUAUGACCCUUUCAUGGUGGAGGACGAGCGGUCUGGGUUCAGGCUGCGUCUUGGUCUGUUCCAGGGCUCUGCCUUAGACGCUCUCACCCAGGACACAGAGAACUACCUGCAUGACAACCAGAGGUUUACCACCAAGGACCGAGACAAUGACAACUACUUCCAAAACUGUGCUAAGCUGGAGUUCCAGGGUGUGGCGGGAGGGGGCUGGUGGUACGACGCCUGUGCUGGGGCCAACCUCAACCGCAGGAACGUGAUCUACUGGCAGAAGGACUGCAACAAAGAGCACCUGUGUAAAUACGCCUGGAUGAUGGUAAAGCCCUCAGACACAGUAAAGGUGGUCCACACUGGGGACUGUAAGAAGGAUGAACUGUGAGUCUGUUGUCUGGAGAUUAGGUUGAUCCAUACCAUCUGUGGUUAUUCUAACGCAGUGGUUCUCAAAACAUUGUUUAUGUAAUAGAGACAAUAGUUCAACACAUUUAAUUCAGAAAUACAUAGAGACAUAUGAUCACAAAAUGCUGUAAAGGAAACAGUUCAGUAUCAACUGAUUUGUCACACUUUUUUUUUAAGUAAAAAAAAAAAAGCUAUAGUUAUUUUGGGGACUUCAUACACUUAAAUCUCUCCCUCUACCUUUCCCCCAAAACUGUAUGUCUAAAUGAUCACAGACCACAUUUUGUGGCCAUUAUAUCAUAGCUUAUUACACAUGUAAAACCACUUUUUCUGUAUUUAUUUACUCACCUAAUAUCACUGAACGAAUGUGUUGGUUGUUGGCACAAAAAACAAGAUAUACUGGAUGAAAAUAAGAUUCAAUCCAGUAAGUUUACAGUAGAUUUUCUGAUGACACAUUUGAUUAAAUAACUAGAUUUUAAGGUUUUUUGAUUGUUCUGGUCAAUUGAAAUUCUGUAAAUGUAAUGUCUAGCAAUGGGGACAUGAGAAUUAUACAGCACAGAAUGACCAAAACAAAAGCCUGUCUCCUGAGUACAGACAGAUGUUAAACACAUUCUAAUUAAUACAUGACACAGAACAGUGCAAGAAUCAAAGCCUACGGUCUCCCACUCUGUAUGGAUGUAAAUGUUGAGGGCUGUCACUGUACUGAGUGACUUAUAGUGACCCUGGACAGAUUAAAUCACUCCCUGAUAUGAUCCCAUGCUUAGGCCUGAACUGAACCCACUAUGAUUGAUUAAAGGCUAAUCCUUAUCUGACAAGUAAUUUGUCAGGUGUAUACUUUAUGCGGAAGUGUCCCAUAAACUAUUGCAUGAAAUCACGUGUUUUACACAGUUUAUGUGCAGAUUAAAGCUGCUGAGUUGAGAGUAAGACUAAUUGUUAAAUAGAAUUUGAUAUCGCAAACUCAGCAUUUACUUUAAUCAAAUCUCUUCCCCUCUGUUUCUGUGGUGUCUGGAUUCAUUUGGAUUGAGGGAUGAAUACAUGUGUACUGUAUAUGUGCUUGUGUAUUGGUGGAAAGAUUGGCUGUUGAAUGUUUGAUUAUUAGUAUCUGACAAAAGUCAAUGGUACAUGUGAACAAGGCUUUUGAUGAUCAGAGUGUACAAUCAUUUGUUAUCCAGCUCACUCUGAAAUCAAGUCAAGAACUGUGAUAGCCCUUAAAAUAAACACAAUGUAGUCUAACAUAAUGCCUAGAAAACAUUCACAACAUGUUUUUCUAUGAAAUAUCUCUAACUUU